AAUGUACAGAUCGGGGCGUUUUGAUUGCAAGCCUUCUUCGUGCAAGCCUGACCAUCACGAUCCACAGCGGCAGUGAAAAGAUCGAAAGACAAACGAUAGCAUUUAUCAGCCUUAGUUGUUCCUCAAGGCGCUGAAAUUAGCCUUGCUGACAGUUCAAGUAUUCCCAAGUUUUGUCAAACUUCUAGAACGGAUGUAACUGAUAAUGGCCACUGGGUUGAAGUACACCACAGAGCAACUGAAUUACUACAGGAUUUGUUACGUUGUCACUGACAUACUAACUGAGGGUCUGCGAACCAUCUUCAAACAAGAAUGGGACAAUCGAUACAAGACAACACUGGGAGAAUGGAAAGAUCAACCCAAAAAUGGAAUGGACUUCUGGAAUGGCGAGUCUACUCGAAACAGAAAAAGAAACGCUGGGCUGUUGACAACCAUGAAGAAUGGCGAUAGAGCUGAAUGGGAUUGUACCAUGCUGUUUUACGCUAUCCUGUAUUCAGAUUGCAUAUAUUCUCUCAAUCCAUCAAUUAGAUCAAAUGCGGACGACUUAAGGAAAUUUCGAAAUGAAGAAUUUGCACAUAUGCCUCGGGGCCACCUCUCCAACGGAGAUUUCCAAACUGUCAUUACAAAGGUUAAAACUGCAUUCCACGCACUCGGUCUCCCGUCAUUGGAAAUCAACGAAGUUCAAAAUCAGACAAACUUCUUAACGGAGGAGUUAAACGAAGUUUUAAGGAAGGUUGACGACUUGAAACAAGAAGUUAAAGACAAAGAAGAAGAACUUCAAGUGAAAGAAGAACAGAGGCUUGCCCUAGAAGAGCAAUUAAAUUUCGAUGUCUCUCCAUUUUGUAUUCUCCCUCCCAAACCUAGCCACGACAUCGCUAGUCGGGAAUCUGAAGUUGGUGAAGUUUUACAAAACCUCCAAACACUAAAAGACGCCAAUGAUGGGUUGAGCAUACUGUAUUUGUCAGGAAAUCCAGGAAGUGGAAAAUCUCAGCUGGCCCGUUUAGCAGCCAGGCGAUUUUACGACGAGGUCGAACAAAUACCUUCCGCAGCUUCAUUUGUCAUGACGUUGAAUGCUGAAAACUCAGAAGCACUCUUGAAAUCGUAUGUCCUUUUCGCUCAACAUUGCAAUUGUCCCGGGUAUGAAAUAACAAACACUUACCGCUCCAAGGAUUUGAACACAGACGAGAAGAUUUCAUAUUUCAAGACCUUAAUAAGUACAAAAAUUGAGCAUUACGCUUCAUGGCUGUUAGUAGUUGAUAAUGUGACCAGCGAAUCUCGUACAAGCGAUUAUUUGCCAGAUGCAGACAGCGAGUUGUGGGCAAGGGGUCAGAUGCUAAUAACAACAAAAGACACUGCGUCUAUACCGUUGUCAAGCUCUUCCAUACAAAAUAUCUCAAUCAGCGCAGGAAUGCAACCUGAUGAUGCGUGCUUUCUGCUUAACCUCCUUUCUGGUAUCUCAGAUGCCAAGAUGGAAAAAGAAAUUGCGAAAGAACUAGACUACCAGCCACUUUCAUUGGCAGCUGCAGCCACGUAUGUGAGACAAGUUCGUCAGAAUAAAGGAACCUCGAAAUUUGGCUGGACCGACUAUUUGAAGAAAUUGGAAGAGGGGAAACGAAGCAAUACUGAAAGCAUUCUUGCUGCGACAAAUCCAGCCUAUCCGCAGACCAUGACCAAAGCAAUAACACUCGCUGUCGAAAUGGUGAUGGAAAAUGAUAUAAUUUUGCAUCACAUGUUCCUUUUUCUUUCAAUGUGUGCAUCACAGCCGAUACUGCAAGACAUUAUUAUCGAGUAUGUUAAAACAACUGAUGACGAAUUUGAAGAUGAAGAUAUGAUAAGAACGAGGAUGAGUCGAUGUUCACUGUUGCUAAUUGAAGAAGAAUCAACUGGUGUUUAUAUUCGAGUCCAUGGUGUCGUUCUUGAUGUUAUUAAAUCUGCGACAAAAGGUUUCGCAAAGGAUCAAAGCUACAAAGUGGUGUAUGGCGCGGUAAUGUCUUUCUCAAAAUUUGAAGAGCUGGAAUCUAUUGUUGUGGGAACAAGAAUAGUUCCCCAUCUUAAAACGUUGAGCUUAAAAAUUGAAGACAUGUCACUCGGGAAAGGAAUACCAGAAGCGACCAAUAGAGCCUUGUGUAAUUUUCCGGAUGGCCUUUGGAGCCUUACUAACAUGUGCCUAAACCACAGUGAGUUUAGAGCGGCGCUAGUCUAUGACUGCUAUAAGCGUGCACUGGAGAUUCAGAUGAAACAGCUGGGACCUGAGCAUGUUGAUGUUGCAACCUCUUACAACAAUCUGGGUAAUUUACACAGUGAUCUGGGCGACACAGAUGAAGCAAAAGACUGCUAUAAGCGUGCACUGGAGAUUCGUCUGAAAACGCUGGGACCUGAGCAUGUUCAUGUUGCAAGCUCUUACAACAAUCUGGGUAAUUUACACAGUGAUCUGGGCGACACAGAUGAAGCAAAAGACUGCUAUAAGCGUGCACUGGAGAUUCGUCUGAAAAAGCUGGGACCUGAGCAUGUUGAUGUUGCAAGCUCUUACAACAAUCUGGGUACUUUACACAGUGAUCUGGGCGACACAGAUGAAGCAAAAGACUGCUAUAAGCGUGCACUGGAGAUUCAGAUGAAACAGCUGGGACCUGAGCAUGUUGAUGUUGCAAGCUCUUACAACAAUCUGGGUACUUUACACAGUGAUCUGGGCGACACAGAUGAAGCAAAAGACUGCUAUAAGCGUGCACUGGAGAUUCGUCUGAAACAGCUGGGACCUGAGCAUGUUGAUGUUGCAAGCUCUUACAACAAUCUGGGUACUUUACACAGUGAUCUGGGCGACACAGAUGAAGCAAAAGACUGCUAUAAGCGUGCACUGGAGAUUCAGAUGAAACAGCUGGGACCUGAGCAUGUUGAUGUUGCAAGCUCUUACAACAAUCUGGGUAAUUUACACAGUCAUCUGGGCGACACAGAUGAAGCAAAAGACUGCUAUAAGCGUGCACUGGAGAUUCAGAUGAAACAGCUGGGACCUGAGCAUGUUGAUGUUGCAAGCUCUUACAACAAUCUGGGUACUUUACACAGUGAUCUGGGCGACACAGAUGAAGCAAAAGACUGCUAUAAGCGUGCACUGGAGAUUCAGAUGAAAAAGCUGGGACCUGAGCAUGUUGAUGUUGCAAGCUCUUACAACAAUCUGGGUAAUUUACACAGUGAUCUGGGCGACACAGAUGAAGCAAAAGACUGCUAUAAGCGUGCACUGGAGAUUCAGAUGAAAAAGCUGGGACCUGAGCAUGUUGAUGUUGCAAGCUCUUACAACAAUCUGGGUACUUUACACAGUGAUCUGGGCGACACAGAUGAAGCAAAAGACUGCUAUAAGCGUGCACUGGAGAUUCAGAUGAAACAGCUGGGACCUGAGCAUGUUCAUGUUGCAACCUCUUACAACAAUCUGGGUAGUUUACACCGUGAUCUGGGCGACACAGAUGAAGCAAAAGGCUGCUUUAAGCGUGCACUGGAGAUUCAGAUGAAACAGCUGGGACCUGAGCAUGUUCAUGUUGCAAGGUCUUACAACAAUCUGGGUACUUUACACAGUGAUCUGGGUGACACAGAUGAAGCAAAAGACUGCUAUAAGCGUGCACUGGAGAUUCAGAUGAAACAGCUGGGACCUGAGCAUGUUCAUGUUGCAACCUCUUACCACAAUCUGGGUACUUUACACAGUGAUCUUGGCGACACAGAUGAAGCAAAAGGCUGCUAUAAGCGUGCACUGGAGAUUCGUCUGAAAAAGCUGGGACCUGAGCAUGUGGAUGUCUGA